UCACAUGCGUAAAAGCUCUUCUACACGUCAUACGUUGCGGCGGAUCGUAAUUUGCUCCCCGACGAAUAUGGAAUAGUAAAUAUUCUCAGCUCAAGUCAGAACAUUGCCAUGGCGCCGGCACGGAAAUCAAAGGUUCACCAACCGUCACCACCGUCUCGAACUCUAGUGCUCGAUAACGGCGCGUACACGAUAAAAGCUGGAUAUGUCACCGGGGAUGUUGUCGACCAUCCUCGCGCUAUACCCAACUGCAUCGCUAGAGACCGUAAUAGAAAACUCUAUGUCGCAUCCGAAUUAGACACUUGCGCGGAUUUCAGCGAAGUCGCAUUUCGGCGGCCGGUCGAGAAAGGCUUUAUCGUGAACUGGGAGGCCGAGAAAGAAAUAUGGGAGCGCGAAUUCUUCGACGACAAAGCCCCUCAGCCGUGUGAUCCAUCUGAUACUCGACUUUUACUUGCCGAGCCGCCCAACUCUCUUCCUGCCCUGCAAACGAAUUGCGACCAAAUGGUAUUCGAGGAGUUUGGAUUUACUAGCUAUUGCAGAGCCGUGGGCCCGGCAUUGAUUUCUUACCAUGAUGUCCAAGGCAUCCUCCGCACACCCAGAGAUCCAGGAACGAUCGCUCAGCUCCCAGCCGAGAUCCUCUUACUCAUCGAUAGCGGAUAUUCCAACACCACCAUCACGCCUAUCCUUCAAGGAAGGCCGAUUCACCCUGCCAUCCGGAGACUUGAUGUAGGAGGGAAGCUCUUGACAAAUUACUUGACGCGACUGCUUUCCCUCCGCCAUUAUGAUAUGCGCAACGAGACGUAUAUCGUGAACGAGAUGAAGGAGACGGCUUGCUACGUCUCCCUCGACUUCAAGGGAGACCUCGAACGUACCUGGAAGGGUACUAGGGGUGAACAUCGAGAGGAUUAUCUCAAUGGCGCAGGGGUGGCUAAAGAUUACGUACUGCCUGAUUUUCAUACGAGGAUGAAAGGCGUAGUCCGCGAGUUCGACCCCGUCCAAGCUUCUAGGGCCAGGAAACUAGCCGCCGGUCGGGUUGGCGAGUCUAGCGAAGAUGUGCUGACCCUCAGGAACGAACGCUUCACUGUUCCAGAACUUCUAUUUCAUCCUUCAGAUAUCGGCAUACCCCAGCCAGGCAUUGCGGAUCUCGUCAUGCAGUCGCUACGUGAUCUGCCUAUUGGACUGUGGCCUGGGUUCCUUUCUAACGUUAUCGUCGUUGGCGGCAGCUCCCUCUUGGAUGGAUUUGUCGAACGGCUACAGAAAGAGAUCGUCCAGCUCGUCCCGGACGAUUGCUUUGUUCGGGUUGCCCGUCCUGUAGAUCCCAUAAUAAGCACGUGGUUAGGCGGUGCCAAUCUAGCGACGCACGAACAUAUCAACGCCCUCUCCGUUACGAAGCAAGAGUACGAAGAAUUUGGGGCUGCCUGGGUUGCACGCAAGUUCUCAGUCGGCUUGGAGUCGUGAAAAAAAAAAUCGUGGCUUAAUAGAUCGAAUGUCAAGGGUAUUUCCAUAAUAUUCGACGCCUGUACAGGUACUAAUCCGCGUCAUAGGCGACACCUUCAAACAUACCUACCAAGUACCCAAGCAGCCAUGUGCAUAUACACCCCAAAAGUUUUCAUGAUAAGUACCAAGCAGGUAUGUGUUUUACGUGCUAUUUUGUCUUGAGAGAUCGAUAGCCUACUCUUCUUCACGGCAUUGAUUAAUUAGACGCAAGAGAACCUGGUUUUCAUAUAUAUAUAAACUUAUAUGCAUGUCAGCAGUAGACUUAAUAAUCCAACCAUCAUAUCAUUAGGAUGAUGAAUGGAUUAAGGGUGGAUAUAUUGUCCUCUUUGCCACAGCCACUCUGUGACAGACCCAGUAAUAGGUAGAUGCACCUGAACGGCAUCCACGGCGAGUGGUUAUCUGAUAAGAAGUAUCGCCUACUUAGAACACGAUAAAUUAGCACGCCUACACUUCC